AUGUCCACCGCAAAGCCGCAGCCGCAGCCACCGCAGCCAUCCCAGACCGCCCCUCAAGUCUUACACUCCAUCGAGAGAGCGCAGGCAAAGUUCGAAACACUGAUGCGCUCGUUCAGAGGAGGCGAGAGCUCUGCCGUCCGCAGCUCCUCUGGCGCACAGGCAACUAACACCGCGGAAGACCGUCAGCAAGCAGAAACCCCGGGCAGAGUGAACGCCGAGACCGCAAAGCUUAGACGCAGGCAUGACAGACUGGAGCUCGACUUCCUGCUCUUUCAGAAGCGGAUGGAAAAUCGCCAGCGUCAGCCCGCCAUCGCGAGAGAGUGGUGGAAGCGGGAGAGCGCGGCGAGGAUAAACCUCGCCAACGAGCUCGGCCAGCUUCGGGAAGAGCAUGAACGCCUAAAGGCUGAGCUUGAGGAGGCCAGAGCCGUGAUCAAGAAAUUGGAAGAGCAGGUACUUUGA